AUGAAGAAGUGGCGAUGCACGUUGGAUGGCCACACUGAGGAUGCUCGGCUCACGUCAUUCUUCGGCUACGAUGCCAUCCUGUACUGUGACAUCCCGUUGGGCGACACCCUGGCAUCGCACCUCGAGCCCGCGGUCUCCACGGGCGCCUGGGCCGCCCGAGUGACGCUCUGCCCACGGCCGACUCGGCGCUUCCGGCUCGCGGCCUGCACCCAACCGCUCCACAGCUUCGCCAAGAUGGAGCAGCUGGCGCCUGGCCUUCUGGCGGACUUCUUGGACUACCACGCUCUGCUGGGCGUGGAGCAUUUCACCAUCUUCGACGCCGACGGCACGCUGCGGGACCCCCUCGAGCGCUACCGGGAAAGAAGCAGCACGGAGUUCGAGUACUUGGACCACUGGCCGCAGCGCUUCGGCGCGGCCCACGCGCCAGUUGGCGCGGAGAACUGGCGGCCGCUGCUCUUUGAGGUGGAAGCGGAGAACCACUGCCUGUGGCGCUACCGUGGCGUUGCGGACUGGGCAGUAGUGCUGCACUCGCCGGACGAGUUUCUUCAUGUGCCAUCUGCGCCGGGCCCGGGGUCGCUGCUGCAGUUUCUUGAGCCGCUGGAGGAGGAGCGGGCCCGGAUCUCCCACGUGGAGCUGCGGCAGCUUCUCUUCGGCGGCGCGGCGGAGCCUUCCGCCCGCACCAUGCCCGGCCGGUUCCGGUUCCGCGAGGAGGGCAGCGACGCGGCAGAGUCUGUGGCGCAUACAGUGAUUGUGAACGUGGAUAACGUGGCGCAAGCGGGCGUGCACCCGGCCAGGCCCCGGCCUGGGGAGAACCUGCGGGUGGUGCGCGCGGAUGUGAUGACUGACCUGCGGGUGAAUCACUACGUGAAUGCUUUGGGCCAGGAGCGGUGCGGGCGGAGGCUGUGCCGGGUGCUGGACGAGGGCGCCGUGUGGGCGGAGAAAGCUG